AGGCAGGCGAGCAAUGCGAGCGAACGGCCAGUCGCCAAUCGGUUACCGUAUAAGAAGGUCGAACAUAAUGUGUCAUAAUUUCCUUUUUAUGAAUUUCAGUGUAAAAUCGUUGGUUUUUUGUGGAAAUUUCGCGUUGUUAUCGGGCGGCCGUGCCGCGCCUUCGGAAAACGCUCACAUAGUGAAAUAUAGCUCUACAGUGGCCUUUUCGAGCCGCCCAAAUGUAAUUUGAAAUGAAACGUUUGCGCGUGGAUGAGACUGUAAAAGAAGUUAGCGAAGCCCCAUUGGGAGGCAGUGGGCUCUAUCGACAAUCGUUGGCCAACGUCGUGACGGCCUCGUUGCCAUUUUCCACCAGCAACAGUAGUUCCGUUAAAGUCGUUAGCGAAGGCAUGCAAUCCGGACUGUAUCCGCCGCCGCCGGUCAGCUAUGGCCAUUCCCUGCCCGCCGUCGCCGCUCCCCAUUCCCUCAAACCCCCGCCCAUGGCUCUGCCGGUAUCCGGCCAUUCGCAGCUAAGGACUCCGUCGGGCGGUUCCCCUUCGAAUCAGGUCCUACAGGAGACCGUGCAGCAGCAACAACAACAACAAUCGCCCGGCGCCAAUUUUCAACGUUUGAAAGUCGAAGACGCCCUAUCGUAUUUGGACCUGGUGAAGUACAAGUUCGGUUCGAAGCCGCAAGUCUACAACGAUUUCCUCGACAUAAUGAAGGAGUUCAAGAGCCAGAGCAUCGAUACGCCCGGCGUCAUCCAAAGGGUGUCGAAUCUGUUCAAAGGUUUUCCGGAGUUGAUUGUGGGUUUCAAUACGUUCCUACCGCCCGGCUAUAAAAUCGAAGUGCAACGUAACGAUCAGGGUUACGCGUUCCAAGUGUCCGUCAGCAUGCCGAGCCCGACGGGCACGGUGAAUUCGGGCCCGCAGGAACACCGAUCGGCCAUGAUAUUCAAGGGUUCGGGCACCAUUAACGUGUCGGGCCAACAGCAAGCGCCGCCGCCCGCCCAAGCGCCGCCGUUGGCGCACGUGGCGCCCGUCGUGGCUCCUCCGGUGGCGCCGCCGGUGCCCCAACCGCCCCCGCAACAACAACAACAGCAGCCGCCGCCGCCGCCGCAGCAACAACAGCAACCGUCUAUCGUUCAUCAUACGUCUUCGUACGGAAGUAACGCUGCCGGUGCCGCCGCCGCCGCCGCCCCCGCUCUUACGUACGGUUCGUUGUCUCUAUCGGCAGCUCAAGCGGCCGUUACUCACGCCCUACAGGGGCACACGGAUACGCCCCAAAAUCAACCCGUUGAAUUCAAUCAUGCUAUUAAUUACGUCAAUAAAAUUAAGAAUCGUUUUCAAGGACAGCCGGAGAAAUACAAAAAGUUUUUGGAGAUUUUGCACACGUACCAAAAGGAGCAGCGCACGCUGAAGGAGUCUUCGAGCAUCGGUACCGGUACGAAGCACCUCACCGAACAGGAAGUGUACAGUCAAGUGGCGAAGCUAUUUGAAAACCAGAGCGAUCUCCUAGCGGAAUUCGGGCAAUUCCUACCCGAUGCCACCAGUCAUAUCAAUCAAGCGCCGGUAUCCGAACACGCGAAUUCCUCCGUGAAGAAGGCCCCUUCGAAGCCGUACCAUCGAGACCACAUGCUGGAAAGGCACGGGGGCGUCGUGCACAAGACUGGCCACAUUUCGGGCAAUCCGGUCAAGCGGUCUCCGCCUUAUGCGGGUUUCCAGCACCACAGGGACGCUCCGCCGCCCAAAAAGCACAAAAUCUCUUCGACCUGCCGCGACGUUAGCCUCAGCGAGGCGGGCAAAUAUGGGACUUUGAACGAUUACGCGUUUUUCGAUAAGGUGAGAAAAGCGGUUCGUUCCCAAGAGGUCUACAACAGCUUUUUGCGCUGUCUGAUCCUGUUUAACCAAGAGAUCGUAUCGAAAUCGGAGCUCAUCCAAAUCGCCACGCCGUUCCUGGGCAAAUUUCCGGAGCUGUUGCGCUGGUUCCGAGAGUUUCUCGGCCAAAACGACGCCGAGACGGCGCCGUACAACGCGGCCCGCAGCGAACGCCCGCAGGGCGAUCACGCCCUCGAAAUCGACCUGGCCACCGCCAAGCGAUUGGGCGCCAGCUAUUGCAUCAUUCCCAAGGCGCAGGAGGGUCUGAAGUGCUCCGGCCGGACGCCCCUGUGCCGGGAAGUGUUGAACGAUCAAUGGGUGUCGUUUCCUACGUGGUCCGAAGACAGCACCUUUGUCAGUUCGAGAAAGACCCAAUACGAAGAGUACAUGUACCGAUGCGAGGACGAGCGUUUCGAACUCGACGUGGUUAUCGAAGUCAACGCUUCGACUAUAAGGGUGCUGGAAGGCGUGAACAAGAAAUUGAGCCGAAUGAAUCCCGACGAUAUGGCCAAAUACAAAUUGGACGAUUGUUUGGGCGGCAACUCUCCCACGUUGCAUCAAAGAGCCAUAAAAAGGAUAUACGGUGAUAAGGCGCAAGAUAUCAUCGACGGUUUGAAGAAGAACCCGGUGGUGGCGGUGCCGGUGGUAUUGAAGAGACUGAAGGCCAAGGAGGAGGAGUGGCGGGAGGCCCAAAAGGGCUUCAACAAAAUAUGGCGGGAGCAAAACGAAAAGUACUAUUUGAAGAGCUUGGACCAUCAGGGCAUCAAUUUCAAGCAGACCGACGUCAAGGCGUUGCGAUCGAAGAGUCUCUUUAACGAAAUCGAAACCAUUUUCGACGAAAGGCACGAGCAAAGCGAGGACGGCGUCGAACCCAUGGUGGGUCCUCACCUGGUGCUUCACUAUAAAGAUCGUACUAUACUAGACGACGCCGCCAAUCUACUUAUUCACCACGUGAAAAGACAAACUGGUAUACAGAAGAGCGAAAAGCGAAGGAUCAAGCAUUUGUUGCGACAAUUCGUGCCGGACUUGUUCUUUCAUCCACGACAACAGCUCAGCGAUGACGAACGAGAAGAUGAUGGCGACGAUAAAGACGACGAAGAAAGUCCGAAUUGUUCGCCCAAAUCCGAAAAGGAGCCGAAAAAGGAGGGAAACGGCCGCGGCAAAUCACCCAUUAGUCCCGCCAUCAAACCCGAAAUCGAAACGAAAGACGAUGACGCGAAAUUACCUCUGCACGCACAAACCAACGAUCCUAAAUAUCUAUUCAAGGACGAGGCUUACACGCUGUUUAUGGCCAACAACAACUGGUACAUAUUCCUCCGGUUGCACGCCAUCUUGUGCGAACGCCUGGCCAAGAUCUACGAACGUUCGGUAUCGAUGGCGGCCGAAGAGGCCAAGAGCAAGUCGAACCGCAAGGAGAGCACCGCCGUGGCGUUGAGACUGAAACCGAAGCCGCAGAUCGACAUCGAAUACUACUAUCCGGCCUUUUUGGACAUGGUGAAGAACCUGUUGGACGGCAACAUGGACGGCAACACGUUCGAGGACACGUUGCGCGAGAUGUUCGGCAUUCACGCUUACAUCGCGUUCACAUUGGACAAGGUGGUCUCUUACGCCGUGCGACAGUUGCAACAUUGCGUCACCGAACGCACCGCCAUAGCUUGUACGGAUUUGUUUCUGAAGGAGGAGAAGAAGGGGGCCACCGGGGGACCCUGCAACACCGCUUACAAAAGGGUGCACCAGGAGAUGGCGUACCAACGGGCGGCCGAGCGAGCCGUACAAGAAGACAGCUGCUUCAAGGUAUUCGUGUACAAAGAGGACUGUCGCAUGACCAUCGAACUGCUCGAUACCGAUUCGGAGGACGACAAGAAGCUCGACGAGGCGAAGAAGUGGAGCGAUUACAAGGAGCGCUACGUCGACGUGACGGCCGAAACGGCCAAGCCUCGAUCUCCCGUCUAUCUGGACAGGAACCUGCGGUUGUACCAACGGCGGGUGGCCAACAACGCGAAAAACAAACGGCCGGCCAGGAAUCACCAGGCCGGCGAGCCGCCGACGGUCGAAAAGAAGAAGGCCGACGGCGAGAAUUUCGAUUUGUUGGAGGCGAUCGAGAGGAAUUUGAACGAUAGAACGGCGCCGGUACGGGACAAUACCGAGCACGUCGGCUACGAGGUGAACGACGACGAGGAGUGCAAGUUUAACGUGCAAGACUCGAAAAUUAUGUUUACCGUUACUAAAGACAGUUAUUUGUACAAUAUAAGUGCCUUCCACAGAGCGAGAAAGUCUCAUCCUAUGGUAACGAAGAGGAAAGCGGGCCGUUUCAGGCAGUGGCUGAAGCGCUGGACGGUCGAGCACGUCACCGAGCAUCAAACGAAGCAGUGCACCGAUUGGUUGAUGGGCCGUUGCGAGGGCGUCGUGGCGAAUCGGACGCGCGUCCUGGCCGACAACGAUCUGUCUAGGACGCCGUACGCGCCCUAUAACAGGUAUCGCGUCGAACGUUUCGAUGGGACGGCGGACGUCGCGAAGACGUCGGCGACGCCGUCUUCGACCGGUUGAAAAUCGAAAAUCAAAACGUAAAAAAAAAACAAAUUAUUCGUGGUUUUUUUUUUGGUAUUUUAUUUUUGUUGUUUUUUGUGGACGUGCGAAGAAGAAGAAACGUGUUUGUUGUUGCGGUUCCUUAUGAAGAUGCGUUGUGAACACGGGGCUUUUGUUUUGUUAUUUAUUUGUAAUAGAUCGAGUGUGCGAAGUCUGCGAGAUGAUUUUUGGUAAUGGGGGUUUGUUUUAAAUGGUGCAAGAGUUUUAACUUGACAAUUAUAAAAUUGGGUGUUAUAAUUUUUGUCAUAAUUGUUUUGAUCUUGAAUAUACUGUUAAUUUCGACAUUUUUAAUUUAAUGAACUGAUCAGAUCUAAUCAAAUAUAAUUGUUCAAUGAAAAAUUAUUUAUCAGCAAAUCUAGUACAAAAACAACUACAUUCAAGAAGUUAGCGCCACAUUUUUUAAUUGUUGAGUACGUUAACUCUUUAUAUUAAAAAAAAAUAACUAUUGAAAACGAACCGGCGACUCUGACCAAAGCUGAAGUUGAGUUUCUAACCGCGCCCAUUUUAAUGUAACAGAUCUCGGUGAGUGUUCGAAAUAUUGAGUCAAUUUGCACGUAAAACUUAAGUCUUCCAAGUUGAUGUUUUUUGUACGGAAUCGUCUCUUCGAUAAAAGGAAUUGUUCUGUAAUUUCUGUGCGAUUUGAUUUUAUCCUAUGUGGAGGAAUCGUUUUGAACACUUUGGACAAAAAUUGUUGAUCGGCAAAUUGUAUUUCGUAUUUGUAAUUAUAUAUUUUUUUUCUGUGCGUGAAAAAGCCCUUGCAGUGAUACUAUUUUUUAUACAAGCGUACCUUUAUUUAAGUAUCAAAACUCACACGUACUUGUUCAGUUUAUUUUUGUUUCUAUUACGUUUAAGACUGGCUAUUGUUGAUUGAGAUGCGCCUAUCAAUCGAUUUUUUUAUCAUCUUUACCUGUUUAUUUUAGUUAAAUGCACCACAAAACUAUUUUGAGUUUUAUGAAGUAUUUUUAUAUUCGAUUUUUUGAAAUUUUAUUGUUGAUUGAGACUCGUAAAUUGAUUGAUCUGUGCAUAAUUCAAUAAAUAAAUGUUUGUUAUUCAAAAUUCAGUAAUGUGGCAUUAAAUUAUCUUUCGUGUUACAUUAUUGUUUUGCAAAGCUGGUCGUUAAUUUUUUUUUAUUUACUUUAGAGAAGUAUGCGCUUUUUUACGAUUUUAAUGUUGGCAUAUUCUUUGAAGCAUUUUCUAGAUAAAAGUGUACAUAGGAAAUUGAUGUUUUUUAAAAAAAGAGAAGCAAUGGAUUUUUGAAUAUUUAAAUAGUCGUUUUUUAAUUUAUUUUCUCAGAACUUGUGUCUCGAAAAAAUGUAAAAUAAACUAAGUACAAACUAUAUUUUUCUAGAUAACGUUAGUUGAAAUUAGUGCUUUAUAUAAAAAAUAUGUCAGCAUACGAGCCAUCCAUGUAAAUAAUAUAAAUAUAAAUCAGACUCGAAAUGGGAAAAUAACCAAAAAAAAAAUAAUAAAAAUAUUUUCUAUGUUGUAAAACAUUCCAUUUUUUACGAACAAUAAAACGUUUAAUACGAAAUAAUUGAAAUCAUUUGGUUAUUUUCACAUGGUGGAAACUCGUUUUUAAUCUUUGUAAAAAUAGUUAUAAUUGAUUAAAGAUGGGCGCAAUAUGUAAACAUUUAAAUAUCUUGUACAUAAAGUUUAUAUAAAAAAUAUUUAAAUUUAA